AUGUCCACGACUCCCUCACUACCUAUAACUCGAGAUAUUAAUCCGUCGGAGCAGGAAGAAACGUAUGUCCAUGAUGUCUACAACGAGAUAGCGUCUCAUUUUUCCAAAACUAGGUAUAAGCCAUGGCCAAUAGUUGAGAAGUUUCUAAAAGAUAGACCAAAAUAUGCAAUUGGGUUGGAUGUGGGGUGUGGAAACGGUAAAUAUUUGAAUGUUAAUGAAGAUGUUUAUAUCAUUGGUUCGGACAGGUCCGUGGGACUUAUAAGUUGUGCACAGGAUGUAUCCAACAACAAAUAUAAUUUAGCUAUUGCCGAUGGUCUUUCGCUACCACAUCCUAAUAAUAAGUUCGAUUUUGCUAUCUCCAUUGCAGUGGUACAUCAUUUUGCCACUGAGGAAAGAAGGAUCCAGGCUAUUCUGCAUAUUUUAUCUAAAUUAAAAAAAGGUGCACAAUGCUUGAUAUAUUGCUGGGCUCUUGAGCAAGAAAAUUCGCGUCGUGGUUACAAAGAAGGUGAUGACCAAGAUGUACUAGUUCCCUGGGUGCUCAGUAGCGCGUCUAAGAAACCAAAGAAGAAUGACUCUGCUGGCAACACGAGCUUCCCCAAAGGCAAUGUCGAUGAAAGUGCGCAGGCAAACGAAACCAAAUACAGGUACUAUCAUUUAUACAAACGUGGAGAAUUACCUGCAAAUGCGCUUGCCACCGGGUUGUGUACUGUUGUGAAUGAAGGAUAUGAGAAGGACAAUUGGUGGGUAAUACUACAAAGACUGUAG